AUGGGCCGCUGCUGCUCCAACUGGUCACCGACGGGCAAACGGCUCUGUGCCCUCGGCAGCACGACCGCGCUGUGCGUGUUUGCCCUCGCGCUCGGUCUGGUGUGGCCCGCGCUAAUAUGGCAGAUUGCGAAGCGCGAGUUCGUGCUGGAACCCGGCACCGAGGUGUACAAGAACUGGAUUGAGCCACCGAUCGACACCUACCUGGAGCUGUACCUGUGGAACUGGACGAACGCGGACGCGUACCUGACGGAGAAGCCGCACCUGGAGCAGCUCGGGCCGUACACAUUCCGGGAGGUUCACGAGCGCGUCAAUCUCAAGUGGAACGAUAACGACACGCUGACGUUCCAACAGCGCCGCAUCUGGUACCACGUGCCGGAGCUGUCGGCCGGUGACUACGAGACGGACCGUGUCGUUACCAUCAAUCCGGUACUUCUGACCGUAGGAUACGCGCUGCGCAAUGAGCCGGAAUUCCUGUUCUACGUCGAUGGCAUCAUCAUGUUGAACGGUUUGGCCACCACGCCCUUUUACAAUGUGCUGGUGCGUGAGAUGAUAUUCGAGGGGUACGAUGACACGCUGCUGACGAAUCUGCUCGCCCUGCUCGCAUUGCUUCCGGAGGAAUCGCGGCCACCGAUCGAUCUACCGCCGUACGAUCGAUUCGGUUGGUUUUUCGGGCGCAAUGGUAGCGAAACGUACGACGGCACGUUCACGAUCGGUACGGGCAAGGAUAGCGUGUACAAUACCGGCGUGAUGCGGCUCUGGAACGGUGCGAACGCGACCGACUACUAUCGUGGCGAGUGCGGCCAGAUCCGUGGCACAACCGGGGAAGUUUGGCCACCGUGGGGCCGCACGCUCAGUGGCACGCCGCCAAGCGUGAGCGUGUUUGCGCCGGACGUGUGCAGCGCGGUCACGCUGCAGUACGCCGAGGAGAUGGAGCGGUACGGUAUCGAUGGGUUGCGCUGGAUCGGGACGGAUCGGGUGUUCGACAAUGGGCUGCACUAUCCGGAGACGGAGUGUCAGUGUACUGCGGAGGAUGUAGCCGACUGUCCGCUGCUGGACAAUGGGGCGAUGGACGUUUCGAGGUGCAAGUUCGGUGCACCGGCGACGGUUUCGUUUCCCCACUUUUAUCUAGCGAACGAGAGCUAUCUGAAGGGGAUAACUGGGAUGCAGCCGAACGAGAAGGAGCAUCGGUUCGAGAUGGAGCUGGAACCGUACACGGGUGUGCCGUUGGGUGUGCGGGCCCAGCUGCAGGUCAAUCUGGACGUGAAGCAGUACGGCAUGACAUUGCUGAAGGGCAUACCAGAGGUGAUGCUGCCGGUGCUAUGGUUCCGGCAAACGGCGAGCCUGACCGAGGAGUUGGCAGACGAUAUAAAGCUAAUCCUGAUACUUCCCGACAUCGGUGUUUACGUCGCAUAUGCGCUGGGAGCGCUUGGAAUAAUCGGUCUAGUACUGGCGGUGUACUUCUCCGUGACAAGAUGGAAGCUACAAAGUCCACCGCAACCGGUAGAAGCUAAGACGGCACUGUAG